AUGAUUUCUGAAACGGAACGAUUCUGUUCUAACUUCCUUGCUCGACACCGACGUCCUCCUCCUCUCUCUUUCGCUCUCUCUACCUUUUUCUCUCUCCCUCUCCCCUCUCCCUUUGACUCUCUCUCUCUCUCUCCCUCUUUCCUCUCCCUUUUCCCUCUCGCUUUGCCUUUUUCUCUCUCUCUCUCCCUCUUCCCUCUCCCUUUUCCUUUCUCUGUCCCUCUUCCCUUUCCCUUUUCCUUUCUCUCUCCCUCUUCCCACUCCCCUCUCACUUUGCCUUUCUCUCUUUCGCCCUCUUCCCUCUCCCUUUUCCUUUCCCCCUCUCCCCUCUCGCUUUGCCUUUCUCUCUCUCUCCUCUUCCCUCUCCCUUUUUCUCUCUCCCUCCCCCCCUCCUUUGCCUUUCUCUCUCUAUCCCUCUUCCCUUUUCCUUUCUCUCUCCUUCUUCCCUCUCCCCUCUCACUUUGCCUUUCUCUCUCUCCCUCUUCCCUCUCCCUUUUUCUCUCCCCAUCUUCCCUCUCUCUUUUUCUCUCUACCUCUCCCCUCACUCUUUGCUUUUCUCUCUCUCUCCCUCUUCCCUCUUCCAUCUCGCUUUGCCUUUCUCUCUCUCUCUCUCCCUCUUCCCUCUCCCUUUUCCUUUCUCUCUCCCUCUUCCCUCUCCCCUCUCGCUUUGCCUUUCUCUCUCUCUCCCUCUUCCCUCUGCCUUUUCCUUUCUCUCUCUCUCUUCCCUCUCCCCUCUCGCUUUGCUUUUCUCUCUCCCUCUUCCCUCUCCCCUCUCACUUUGCCUUUCCCUCUCUCUCCAUCUUCCCUUUCCCUUUUUCUCUCUCCCUAUUCCACUCUUUUUCUUUCUCCCUCCUGAUCUCUUUCUUUUUUCUCCGUCACUCCCUCUUUUUCAUUCUCUUUUCGUCUCUAUUUUUCUUUCUUUCUUUCUUUCUUUCUUUCUUUCUUUCUUUCUUUCUCCUCUCACUUUUUCUCUUUCCCCUCUGUUUUCCGUUCUCUCUUUUUUUCACUCCCCCCCUGUUUCCUUUCCCUCUCUUUCCCCUCUAUCUUUUUCUCUCUCUCUCCCUAUCGAUUUUCCUUUCUCUCUCUUCAACUCUCUUUUUAUUUCUCUCUCUCUUUUCUUUUCUCUCUCGCCCUCUCUUUCUCUCUCUCUCUCCCCUUUCGUGUUUCCGUUCUCUCUUAUCCACUCUCUCUUUUCUUUAUCUAUCUCGCCCUCUCUUUUUCUCUCUUUCUCUCGCCCUCUCCUUUUCUCUUUUUCAAUUUUUUCCUUUUCAAUUAACAUAUGUUAUCUACGCAGUCUCAUCAUAUCCUGGUCUAACUAUUCAUAUCUAUCUAUCUAUCUAUCUAUCUAUCUAUCUAUCUAUCUAUCUAUCAGUCUAUGCAUAUCUACCUAUCUCAGUCUAUUCAUAUCUAUCUAUCUAUCUAUCUAUCUAUCUAUCUAUCUAUCUAUCUCAGUCUAUUCAUAUCUACCUAUCUCAAGGAAUAAUAUCUAUCUAUGCCUGUUUAUAUCUGUCUAUCUAUCUAUCUAUCUAUCUAUCUAAAAAUGCCUGUUUAUAUCUAUCUAUCUUUCUAUCUAUCUAUCUAUCUAAAUAUGCCUGUUUAUAUCUAUCUAAAUAUGCCUGUUUAUAUUUAUCUAUCUAUCUAUCUCUCUAUCUAAAAAUGCCUGUUUAUAUCUAUCUAUCUAUCUAUCUAUCUAUCUAA